AUGGGCUCCGUCAAGGAUUCGCAUGUCUCCGUAUUGGUCGAGUUCAUGCCUAUGAAUGUCGAGUCCCAGGCGAACUCGAAGAGCUCCCGACUAGAGAAGCUCCAGAACUCACUGGACCAGUUAUUACAGAAUGCCAGAGUCGGUCACUUGGGCCUUUUGAGAUUCCUGGGUUACUGUGUCGAUGACCCUAAUGCCCGUUACGCCUUCCUAUAUCAAAUGCCCGUCGAUUAUUUCCCAUUCCUCCAAAACCCCAGCGACCUUUUGAAAGAGCUCAAGCCUAUCCCUCUGGUUGCGCUCCUUCCCUCGGCUGAAGAUUAUCGCGAGAAGCGGAUGCCCAAUCUGGAAACACGUUUUCGGCUAGCAUACGACCUCCUGAUGUCUGUCUUGCACUUAAGAAGCCAGAAUGCCGUGCAUGGUAAUAUCAACAGCAGCAACGUUAUCUUCUUCCCUGGCCGAACCGAUGCUAGUAACGACGAACGGGGGCUUGCCCCGGAUAUGCGCCGUCCUUACUUAACUUCACCAGCGCGCUUCUCUGGCGACGGACCUACUCCAGAGCCACUGUCUACCGCGAUGUAUCGACAUCCUGAUGACAAGAGAUCCGUCGAAGAUGAGGCUGCUUGGGCUCAUGACCUUUACUCGCUCGGUCUAGUUCUCCUUGAGAUUGGUCUGUGGGCUCCCAUCGGCCGCCUCUGGAAGAUGAAGUAUGAUCGCUCCUGGUUCAAGCACCGCGUCGAGGAUCUCUACGUGAAGAAGCUUGGACCAAAAUGUGGUACAGCAUACCUCCAGGUUGUUCAGCUCUGCCUCGACGCUCCUAAUUUCCACCUCUCGACCCAACCCAUGACCGACCUUAACCUCCGUGUGCCUCAGAUCUACCACUAUCCUGUUCUCGAUUUGUCCGAUCCUGACGGCACCUUCUCCUUCUCGAUGAACUUCCUGUAUACCAUCUGCAAGGUCCUUUGGUCAUGUACCCGGAUUGAUAUCUUCUCGGCACCACCGGCAGAGGAACUGGACGAUUGCCUUCCCCUGGCACUUGUUCCCACCCCCGAACCGACGCCUGCUGAAGAGAUGGUUAACCCCUUCACGCUCACUCGUGAGCCGAUCAACUUGGACAAGCAGUUGCCCAGCACCCCGAAUGAUCAGUGGGGGAUCCUCCCCGAAGAGAAAAGUUUGGAUAAGCCAGCCAAGAAACGGACUGUCAAGCGUCUCCCUCACCUCGAUAUCCCUGAUGAACAUCUUCAAGAAUGGAAUUUCCAGAUGAUGCCUCGCCUUAGCCGCCUUCUACAGAAAAUCCUGAAAGAGUCCGACGAGUCCUGCGGUGCCACUCUCAUGAUGACCGGCGAGUCUCCCGAGACCGCGAAAACCACAAUUUGCGUGACCUGUGGUAGCGUCAAGAAAGUUCGAUCGGCUUUGAAGAAGCACUUCCCUCUGGACCGUGACGACUGGGACCUCAUCGUCAUUCGCGGUGACAUCGAGCGAUCGAAAGUCCCCCGCAACAAGCGUCGCAGGCCCGCUAAGACUCGCCCAAACGGAUCGAACGAGACUCCUUUUCGUCAGCGUGAAUUGAACCCAUGCUAUCAACAACGGCCUCUCUGCGGUGCAUCAAUUGGGGCUUUUCAAAACGAAGAACACCUGCCUCCCGUCUCUUACGGAGGUGCCGUGCUCGUUGACGGCCAGCCUUACGGUCUCACUGUGCACCAUAUGCUCGAGGCACCGAGUGAUGAUGAGGGUCCCGACGACGACGAGCCGGAGGCGCCCUUGCGCUCGACGGGCAAUUGGCCUCGGGAAACGUCUCGUGAUGCGUCCAGCGUUUCCAACCAAGAUUUCAUGUACUCGUGGCGUGAAGAUGAGCCGUCCGAAGCAAAUCUGGAUCUUGAGAUAUCCGAUUUGGAAGACGAUGAUACACCCUUCUCUCAAAGUGCCGAUGGCGGUCCCGAUGAAUAUUGGUUGUCUGAGGAUGAAUCUUCGGAUGAGGAGUCCAUCGAGGGUGUCGACGACGAGGAUGACGAUGCUGCCUCAGUCGGCGAUACUGCUGGUAUCGAGCCGGGGGAAGAGCCACGGCUGCUCGUCACGCAGCCAGCCAUCGAUGAUGUUCACGAGGACUUUUUUCCGUCCCCCGAAGACCGUGACGACGAACAUCUCGCUUCACACUCCCUUGGCUACGUCCACGCCUCCUCUGGUGUAAGGCGCUGGACGCGCAAGGGAAUCAAGCAUGAAAUUGAUUGGGCUCUCAUCAAGGUCGAUGAAAACCGAAUGGAUCCUCGCAACAUCAUCGUCGACACGACUACUUCCCUCCUGGGUCGGCCCGGGUUUGGACAGGGCCAACCGCAACCCAUUUUUCUCAAUCAAGUCGCUCAUAUGGAGGAACUAGGUGGCUUGUUUGUGCACUGCUGCGGCCGCACUAGCGGACUACAGACGGGGCAGAUAUCCAAAGCAAUGACGUUGGUCAAGCUGCAUGGCCGACACUCUUUUUCAACGAGUUUUUGUGUCAAUGGGAACUUUGGAGCCCCCGGUGACUCCGGCGCAUGGGUUUUCGAUAGAUCAACCGGCCGUGUCUGCGGCCACGUCCUCGCCUGGUCCGCCCGCUCUAACACAACAUACAUCUCGCCGAUGGAAGUCACCUUCGAGGACAUCGCCCGCACUCUGAACGCCUCCCUUGUCUCUCUCCCCGGCGACCCAUCCCGCGGCAUGGGCUACGUCGGCCUGACCUCUCCUCCCCAUUCCGGCGGAUACCACUACCAAACCCAACAGCUACCGGGCGAUUUCAACCGGCUAGCUGUUGGAGGUAUGCCCCCAGGCCCGCCCGCUGUUCCUCCACAUCCCCUCGCCAAUCCACACGCUCACCACCCUGGGGGCGCCUUCAUGCGCCCUCCACCUCCGCCUCCCCGGCCGCCUCGUCCGGGAUCCCAGGAACCACAUGUGUUUCGGGGCGUGAGUCCCAUUCCACCGUCGUUGUUGACUGGACCGAGGAAUAUUGAGCGACAACUUGCCUAA